AUCUCAUAAUUUUUAUUCAAUCAAUAAAUUUCAAAAUAAAUUUUCUCAUGCCGACAAGAGUGAAAACGGGAGGGCUUUUCUGUUUUCUCGGGAUAAUAUAUCUGACAGUUGUGCGGAUCCUCGCGGACCGUCACGCGAUUGGGCCGCAUGCGCGCAGAGGAGAGGCAGGAGAAACUAGAAAAGGACUGCGCGCGGACUUUGGCGCUCAGUUUGACACGCACCGGUGUACCGCGCGUCUCGUCUACGAUUUUUUCGUCAUUCAUCCGGUCGUCACGGAUCCGGGCGAUUUAAAUAGCCGCCCGAUUGACUUCCGAACUGGGGCAGAAAUCUACCGUGUUGUGUUUUGUUUCCUCUCGGGACGCGAAUCUGUGCGCGGCGAUGAUUCGCGAAGCGAUGGUUCGCGCGUAGAGAAACGACGAAAACACGCAUUUAUUGGUGGUUCUUUGUGCGUUCGAUCCCCUAGAUCGACUUUAGAGCUUCAUUAUAAUCGUCAUCGGCAGCGGGGCGCGAUGACGACCGAGACCCCGAAGGUGGAAUUCGCCCUCGGCAGCGAAGUGUCACCCGGUCGCUUCUUCAAGAGCGCGUUCGCGAGAAACUUCAUCAGCAGCGGUCGCGACUGCAAGUCCCUGGAUUACGAGCUGCUCGACAACGCCGUCGUGAACGAUCACCGGGAGGAUCGCAACAACAACGCCCGGAACAACAAUUUCUUCUCGCUCGUGAAUUUUGGGGAUGACAAGCCGGCAAACGGCGCCGACAACGACGCUCCCUGGGAGCAGCCGAAGCCGAAAAAUGAGGCGGCACAGUCAGCUGCAGAUGCGAACGAAUUGGAGAAACUUCGAAAGCAAUGCCAAUUGCUGAAAAAGGAAAACCGGAGGUUGCAGAGCGCCUUCCUGCAAAACGUCUUUCUUCAAGCGCGAGUCGACACGCUCCAAUGGCAGGUCAAACAGGUCGAGUCGAACAGGCAUAUGUAUCGUUCUACGAUGGAGCAGGUCGCCCAAUUCUUGGGCCGGGUUCACCGGAGCCUGGAGAUCCUGCACAGCAAGGAAAACAUCAAGGACAAGAGGCGCGUGCCGCGUAGUCGCAGCGUCCACACGGUGGUGAACGCGGAUCCAUCGCCGAAUCGCGGCACCGCGACGCCGUCGUCCUCGUCGUCGACGUCCUCGCCGUUCACCCGCGCCAAAUCGGUCACGCAGAUCAGCACGCCGAACGCUAUCUGCUUCCGCGAGUUCACCUGGUCCGUUCUGCGAAGGAAUGACCCGGUGCACUGCACCUCGCCUCGCGUCAAACCACCCCAGGAUCUCAACAAAACGAAUCACGUUCCCGAAAAUGUCGCUUAUCGCGAACCUAAGCAGACGGAGGUGAACCCGGACGAGAUACCGCCGGAGAAGCUGUCUCAGGAAGCGUUUAGGUUACUGAGAACCGUCGAAUCCUUGCUGGCGAUGCGAGAGCCCGAUCUCGCGAGAGUGACGCCGAUCGAGGACAACGGAUCUUCCCCAUCCCCGACAGUGGACCACCGUCAUCACGACCCGUCUCUGUCCCUACCUAGCGGUAACUUUGCCAAUUCGACGAUGCUGCAGGAAGCUACCUAUCCUCCCGGCAACGAUCACGGAAACGGAGCCAUCAGUAGCGGUCAGCAGGACGACAGUAGAUCGGCGAGUUUUUUCAAACCAUCCGUCAACGAGUUCGCUCGAGAUCUGCAACGCGCCUUCGCGCCGAGCGUGAGAAGAUCGCCCGACACCGCGUCCUGGAACUCGAGUAGCAGUAAAACGACCGAGGAGGAGGACACCGUCGCGCUCGCCAUCCCGUCGAACGGAACUACGUCGAACGACACGCCUUCCUCGACGCUCAGUCGAAGCGCGAAGCGGCUGGAGAAGAAGGAAUCUAGUCCGGGCAGCCUGACAACCGGCAAGACUUCUUCCAAGGUGAAGCCGGCCAGCAGCCCGGUGAGCAGCGCCGAGGGCGAGAGCGGCUUCUUCUCGAUCAGCUCCUUCCAGGAGGUCGGUCUGCCGCCUUCGGUGGCAGUACCGAUCAUCCCCGUCAAGGGCUGCCACACCGAGGUAGGCUUGCCGGAAGUGCCCCUCGACAAGGCCAGACACCGACGAUGGUCCUCGACCCCGGCCGAGAUCCAGGCGCUCUUCAAGCAUCAUCGGGCGAGUUUUGGCGGGUCGCCGCAAACCGCGACCGAGUCCGUCAGCGUCUGUUGGGUUUGAUUUCUCUCCCGUGGAAGAUCCGAUCGUGCCGAAUUCGAUCCCACCGCACUCUACGAUCGUCGUGGUCUCCCCGGAAUUUCGCAGACUCGAUUCGCUCGAAAUCACGAGCCCCCGACUUACAUGAUCGAUUUUCAGGAAUAAUGUUUAGAUAGAACGAUAUAGAGAAUAUUCAAGUAAGCAGUACUCGGGUAAGAUUGUAAAUAACUUCUCUACAUGGAAUCUCGCGCGGUCUCUAUUCUUACGUUGAUAAGAUAUGUAGAGGCGUAGUAUUGAUGUAGCAGCUGCGAUUCGUUUUAGUCGAAUGCAUUUUAAUUAAAAUUUAGAAAAUAAGGAGUUUAUAAUAUACGCCUGCGUAUUUCGUAGAUAAUGCGGAAGCCAUUCUAAUAAGUGUAGAAAAGAAGAACCGUAGAUUUCGUUAUCAGCCAUAUCUCUUGUAGUUUCGCGAAUUUCGUAUCAGUAUCGAUGAAACUUUGCCCGUCUGCAAACUCUGCGCAAUUAUCGAUGACACUGCACCUUGUUCACUGCAGUUUUGUUCGUUUCAUUGGAAAAUUAUUUAUUGGCGAGCUUGGAAAUGCCUGAUACAUGUUAAGUGCGAAUGACAAUCGUUUUCGUUUCACCGAUUGUUUAAUUAGUCAUUAUUUAAUAAACUAAUUAAAUUGU